AUGAAUGUCACCCUGUUGGAUCCUCAGAGGACCAGCAGCACCUCUGAGGCCCUGUUGGAUCCUCAGAGGACCAGCAGCACCUCUGAGGCCCUGUUGGAUCCUCUGAGGAGGACCAGCACCACCUCUGAGGCCCUGUUGGAUCCUCUGAGGACCAGCAGCACCUCAGAGGACCAGCAGCACCUCUGGCUGCUUUUUCCUUCUGUUGAUGCAUUAGGAGGCGUGCCGUGCCGGGCCGGGCCGGGCCAACAGUCUCAGAGGCUCCAUGUGAUCCUGCAGGGGGGUGUCGCUCUAAAAAAACACUUUCCCACCACCCAGGCUGCAUUUGAGAGCUUCUCUUCCUCCGCUGCGGACACAGGAUUUAGCUUUUUCCUCCGCUGCUACCUUUUGGGAUAUUUCCAUUACCGGACAGUGACGGACUGCUGCGGCAUGGGCGACGCUCAGUCUGCGCACCGCGACGCUGAAGCGGCAGAGGAGCGGAGCGGGGACGCGCGGGACGAUGAGCAGGAAACCGGAGACAAGCCUCUCAUGAACAACGGGCAGGUCUCUGAGGUCAGUGGGAAAGCAGAAAGCUCGAUAGCCGAAGUGAAUGGUCUCUGUGAGGAGCAGGUUCGUGCAGAGGCUUUCCUUUCACCAGAGAAGGAUGAUUCGGAAACAGAAAAGCCACUCAAAGAAGAAGAAACACCUUUAGAAAACGUUGAAAUAAGAGAAAAGGAAUCUCUUAAUGAAGCUGAUGCUGACGAACCUCUGGAAGUGAUAGAAAUGAAUGCAAAGCAGAAUGACAUCAAUGAAAGCUUCAGGAGAUUUUUCAGCAACAUUGGUUUGAAGCUGACGGUAAAGAGGGGCUCAGGUGACGUAGCAUCAGAUGACACCGACAAGGAAGACCCAAACACACCAGAAGACAUCGAAGAUACAACAAAGGAAACCACAAGUGAGAAUCCUGAAGAGAACACUGAUCUGAACAUGGCUCAGGAGACGUAUGACAAUGAUUCAACAACAUGUCCCACCCUGACUGACGUCACCCCGGAGGACGCUCCACAGACUGCGGAGGAGGAAACACCAGAAACCAAAGAGGAAGUUGAGUCUGAUUAUGUCGAUGCAGAAAUGCCUGCAGAGGGAGAUUCACAGCAAGAAGCCACGCCCGAAGAAGAACCAGAAUCUCCUUCUGGUCCGGAAGAGGCGAAGGUCGUGUCUCCAAUUAAAAGAUUUUUCACUACUGGAAUCUUUUCUGGACUACGGAAGAAAAAGAAGCUUCCAGAAGAAGAGACAGCUGACAAAGAAAUGGAGGACCUGGGGAAGAAGGAGGUUGUAGAGACGGCCGAAAAAACUAAACAAGAUCACCACCGGGAUGAAGAGGACAUCCGUCAUGAGGCUGAAGCAGCUGCAGUAGAGACAGAACAUAAAGAACUGAGAGGGGGUAAGACGCCUGCCGCUCAGACCCCAGAUCCUCUGACCAUCAUCGUCACUGAGCCUGAAAUCCUGAGUUCUCAAGGGAAGGAAAAGGUUCAAGCAAGUCCUCUGAAAAGGCUGUUUUCAGGUUCUAGUUUAAAUAAACUACCCAGAAAGCAAAGGAGCAGGAGGUCAAGUGAUGCAAGGAUGUCUGACUCUGGAGAACAUGUUUCUGAUAAAGUCAUAUCAUCGACUGAGUUAGACGAGAAUCAGAAAGGAGAAGUUCGUGCACAAUCGUCUGCAGAAGAGGAGGAAGGUGCAUGGGCUUCCUUCAAAAAACUGAUGACUCCCAAAAAGCUCAGGAAGAGACCGUCGAUUAGUAAUGAAGAGACUAAAACCAAAUGUUUAGUGGAAGAAUCAAAGCCAGUCGAAGGAGGGCAAAUAUCAGAUCACAGCACAGAAGAGGGCAACAAACGAAAAGACUCUUCUGUUUCAUGGGAAUCUGUUUUGUGUGGAUCUGGAAGGAGACGAAGCCGUAAAACAUCCGACUCUGAGGAGGAAACACCUCGGAAUAACAACGAUACAAACAAGCAAGACACUGGCUCUAAAGGUGGCGCAGAGUCAGGGCUCGAAAGCUCUCAUGAGGUUGAUGAAAGUGUAAGUCCUUCAGAGGCGGACGCAGGGUCCACAUGGAAAUCAUUGAAAAGACUUGUCACCCCGAAAAGGAAAUCAAAGGAUGAAGAUGAGAGCAAAGACGGAGUACAAUCUGAUAGUGAGUCUACUCAAGAUGAGUCCUCAUUCUCAAUAAAGAAACUUCUACCUGGCAGAAAGAAGAGAAAGUCUACGGAAAAGCCAGACCAAGUAUCUUCAGACGAGGCGGAUAAGGACGUUGCUUCAGAAGACGAAGACUCGGAAACACCAGCUAUUGUUCCUUUGUCUGAGUUUGAUAUAGUUGAGACAGCCGUUCAAAUACAAACACAGGCAGACAUAGAGAGGCGUAUCCCCAAGGAAGCAGACCAUGAAGUCCAGCGAGGCCUCUUUGAUCAGAAGGCCGAGCCAGUCCUACAGGGGGUCUGUGUGCAAGCUGAAGCAAACAAAGUCCAAGACAAGGAAGAUGCUUUAGAGAGCAAGGCGCCUUCAAGCCCUGCUACAAAUGAAGAGUCUGAUGAUACAGAGUCACUCAGUAAACCACAGCUCAGUGACAUCCCAGAGGAGGCCACCCCAGCUUCUGUCACCGAGGACGCAGCUAGAGACGACACUAUCGCAGAGGACCUGAUAGAGAUCACAUCCGAGGCCUUUACUGCACCAGAGCCUUUGGACGCCACCCAGGAGGAUGAGACUGAAAUGAUCUCUGCAGUUUCCCAGUUAUCUUCAGAGUCUUCCAAAACAUCUGGCAACACGACACCAGUUCCAGCCGAAUAUGUCCCCAAAGGAAGUUCCAGUUUGUUCAGAUGA